GAUGUCUGCAGUUAGUUGGCGUUGAUCGGUGAAUUUCGCAGAAACAACAUGUCGGAGCUAGUGACUUCAGUUUAGUAGCACUUACAAGGGAAUUCAAGACUGGAAUGAAUAUUAUUUUCUCGUAGCAUAGCCUGGUAUUUCAAUCAAGGACACGACAAUGAUCUCCAUGGCAGCAAAUGCCUUCGAAGGCUUCGACCAAACGACACAGAAAAGAAGUUUAAUCGGUAGACGGGUAAGACUUUGACAAGAUAUCCUGUUAUUUAAAAUCUAGUUUUUAAAUAUAAGAGUUGUCACGGAUAAUAAACAAAUCGCAAGUUCUAGAACAUUUCGUUUAUGCGAAAGGAGUGAAAAAAAAAACAGUACUAAAGUAUGAGACCGAUUACGCAGGAUUUACAAAAAUCGUCGACGUAUUGACUUCGAAUAAAAAGCCGCUAAAUUCACUUCAUUUGAAUGUCACCCACCGUGCCAAAAUGCUCUAGUGAAAAUCAAAAUAUAAAACAGAACCACAAGCCGGAACUGAUUCUACAGCAAAUAAACCUAACUUCAGGUGCAUCUAUUCUGUGAAAACGAAAAAGCAAAACGAACCUUAUUUACUGCACUGUCAAAAAUCUUCGAAAAUCAGUUCACUUUUUUUUUAUUUCGAAUGCUGAAAUGACAUUGAGAUCUGGAAAGCAAAUGUAGUAAUGAGAGUUCUAUUUCUAAAAAUAUGCCGAACCCAAUUUACGGUUAAGAAUAUUUACUCCUAAUUUGUUUUCUGGAAAGCGCUACUUUCGCUUGCUUCAAUAUAUGUAACUUUUAAGAAGUACUAAGGUAUCGCGAUUUCAGUUUAUAACUUGUUUCGUUAAAAAUGGCUUUUGCAAGUGAAAAAAAAAACAUUUUUUCCGAAAUAAAAUUCACCAUAUAUAGAGAACAAUAUCUGCAAGACUUUGAGGCAAAAUAAGUUUCGUUGCAUUAUUUCAGUAACGGGAACACGGACAACAAAUGUGGACGUUAUAGCCAUUUAAUAAAAUGCUUGUUUGCACGAUUGAACAUUGUUAUGAAUCUGAAUAUCAGAAUGUUUUCACCUUCUAUCUAUAACAAAGCAACAACUUCAUAUAUCGACUAUUGACUCGCUGCAAAUUUUUUCACCGGUCUAAUUCGUUAUUUAUCCCCCCAAAAAGCCGUAUUUUAAUUUUUUUGUGUGAAAAGGUGGCCUUUCGUCUCCUUGAACAAUGACGGAUCUAAUGAACUCAAAAUGGACAGUGAAAUUUGGCGAGAAUUUGUUUACAAAAUUUGGCUUUUAGAUAAGUCAUUGUGGUUAGCUUGAUCCAGUUUACAUAUUGCGUAAUUAAAAAGCUAUAUUUUAAAAGCUGCACCUAAAGAAGUUUACAGAAUUUAACCGUUUGUGUUGUUUGAUAUCAAGUUUCCUUUACUAGAAUAUGUAAUACAAGAAAAAAAACGAAAACAAAAACGUCAGGCGUGUUCAUAAUUUUGCGAAGUGUAAAAAUGAUUACCAUACUCGGUUUCGAUUAGGAAAAAUUCCGAUUUCAGCUGUGCUUGCCGUUCCUAUUGGCAACAAAAAAAUAGUUUGAUUUGCCACCGAAUACAGGCGUGUUCAUAAUUUUGCGAAGUGUAAAAAUGAUUACCAUACUCGGUUUCGAUUAGGAAAAAUUCCGAUUUCAGCUGUGCUUGCCGUUCCUAUUGGCAACAAAAAAAUAGUUUGAUUUGCCACCGAAUCAGGCCCAGCUGGGAGCGUUACAAAUUACUAAGCAAGAAAGAAAACAAUUUCUUCGAAUUUGCAUUUAUUAGCCAAUCGAGGGGUAAAUUGGUGAAGUCUAAGAGAAAACGCAAUGAGGCUUUGUUCAUAAGAAUUGCAGGUGUUUCGCGCGAAUAAUGUUCUUUCAGAGCCGACUAACGAACAAAGUGCCGCUUCUUUUAAAUAACUCGAUCUGUAAGACCUAGUCAAUAACUCUACUAACUUGUUUAAAGGUUUUAAUGGAUGGGAAAGGACCGAAGAAUGAAAAUUUAAGUUAACUUUGCUAGGCUAAGCCAAAGGGGGUCUUGUAUCGAAAACAAGCUAUUUUUAAAAGGAAGUGAGGAAAGCAAUGUACAUUGCAACUUGCUUGUUGAUUUAAUCAUGAAAGACUGUAAUUCUUUUCAGUAUACAAGGAAAAAAACACUUUCUGAAGGAAAAAAUGUACAGGUUUUUUUCUUUUGAGAGAUUAGAGGUCUCUCUUUUGGUGUGAUUUGCUUUGUGUUAUAGUUACGAACCAUCCAUCAUGCUUACGUCACAAAAACAGAAAAGCAAAUUAGAGCAGCUAAACCUUCUGUGGCAAAUUAGUACGUUUCUUAUGAAUUUUCAUGAGACGAAAUCGACUAAACUUAAUCACAUUUCGAAGAUCAAGUAGCCAUGAGCGACGAGGAAUUCCGAGCUCUUGCCAGACACAGACAUCAGGUUAGUUUCCUACUGAUUUCUGGCAAGAUUAAAAAGAUCUUAAGAAAAUCUGUUCGAGCAUCACUAUGUCAAAUUUGUUUUCUGGGAACUGAAACAAAGCCUUUGGUAUCCAGCGGUUUUAGAACACAUUCUUGGCCUUCACAGUAGAAGCGUGUUAAAGUCAAUUCUAUCUUUUCUCAGAAACAUUAUAUUACAUUUACAUUACUCUUAUGAUAAGAAAGUUGAUAAGGGUUCCUGGUUACUGUAUUUCUUCAGAUCGUUUAUCGCGAAAUGUUAGAUUCACUUUCCCUGAAUUAAAUGAAGUUUAUUUAAAGAUAUUUCAAGGAAGGUUUUGUAGAUUUCAUUUGAUCUCUUAAGGCACUGUCGUCGCCCAGCUUUAAAUAUAAUUUAAUUUAGCUUCAGACAAGACAGGUCUCUUUGAAACAGUGAUUUACUAUCUUAAUACUUACAUUCAAUUUAAGAAUGAUAAUUCGGCUAUUCUUACUCAAUCACCAACAACUUCCAGAUCGUCAUUAAGGCAUUCAUCUUAUUCUAUUUUGAUUUUUUAAAAUAAAAUUUCGACGUACAGCUCAGUAAAAUCGAUAAAUACCACCUUAGGGUAUUUCACUACAGACGACGCAUUCAAAAGACAUAUGUAAUACGUUGCAAAUGUGAUUCAGAUCUGUAAUCAAAUUUUGGCGAUUGUCAUGUGGAAAAUACUCACGCUUUUUUCUUCCUGUUGUUGCUGUUCUAAUAACACCCGCUUCGUUUUUCCUGACAAAUUUUGCUCAAUGAAGAAGCUAUUGCGCGAGAAAAAAAAACGUUUAAAUAAUUUACCGCGAGCUAAAAAAUAAUAUUUGUGAUGUUUAGUGGGUGUACACAGACAAAAAAAAAAACGAUUUGAAAAGCUCAGAAAAAUUGCAACGUAUAAUUACAAUAGUUUCAGUCUUUCUGUUGUCCUGACUAUGGUGGGUUAUAUUCGUUUUCAAACAUUUCGUUAAGUCUUAUUUGUACUUCAAUAAUUUCGCAACAGUAACUAGAAACUAGUCUUGAGCGGUCAGAAGGAACUUAAGUAUCUAACAACGGAUUUACAUAUAGUAUGCUCAAGGCAAAAUUAUGAAACAAUUUUUUGCUAUUUUUAUCCAAAAAUUGUCAUUGCAAUUUGUCGAAACACAGAUAAACUCAAUUAAUAAAGUUAACUUAGGCACGGAGUACGUGCUUCGACUGAAGAACGUAAUUGAAGGAAGGUUAGCGUGGGUGACCGAAUCUCUUGUUUGUAACCACGUGCAUAGAUGUGUAUCUUAGUUUUGAAAUCGCCUAUAACCUUGUAAGGCAUAACAACUCAGCCAAGGCCAAGUUUACAGAAUAAAUAACGUGUGCAUAAGUUUACAUACAAAUGUACUGCAGAUACAAUGCUUCCGGGACUGGCUUCAGCGACAGCUACAUAACCAACAUGUCUUGCUGUAAGGACUAUCGCCUUAGGGGGAAUAUUAAGGGAGAGUACAUUCAUAUGGAUAAUCUGUACAGAAAUGUUCCGCCCUAUAGGGUACGUGUCUUGACCUAGAUAUCAUACGUAGGGAACGUAGUUUAACUGUACACCCAUGAUAAGUGGAUGUCAUGCCACUGUUGGAAGAUCUAUUUUUCCAGAAAUCUUCUGUAUAGUCGAAUCUCGCGAUUGGUGAAGUUUUUUUUACCGAAUUUCUGCACUUAGUAGUCUUAAUUUUAUCUAGAGGGUCGAUAAUUCCACUAUUAAACACUGAAGAAUUAAAAAUAAUUUUAUGGGCAGUGUCACAGAAAGGAGCUAAAAAACCUUAAGUUCAAUUUUGAUUAUUAGUUUUAGCGUCUUUUUUCGUAUUUCAAAAGAUUGAAAUCUUAUAUCUUUGAUUAAUACUUCGUGUUAUCCACAGACUACCAUUUCAUCGACCUCUCUCUGAUAAUAUUUUGACACUAAAAUGUAAGUUGCAAAUUUAUCUCUGGAAAAGUUACUAGAACUUCUAUUUUGUCUAAAAAUAAUGUUGACCUUGUGAUUCACAGCAUCGGAACAUUGCAUUAGACUAUUUUAAUAUUCUACAAUUUACAGCAUAUUUGAAAACACAUUUUUCUUUCACUUAUUUUUAUAUACACAUAUCUUUCCGCUACAGUUAUUUUUCUGCUGGUAUAAAUAUGUUUUAAGCAUUGAAAUUGAAUACAGUUACAAACGAGAACAUACGUCUUGAAAUUAAGUAAAUUAAUUAACCUUGUAAAUGCGCGGGAAUUUUUUCAGAUCACGAUACCUCCCCCUCACGAAAACUUUUUGCCGAUCUUCUCCGAAGAUAAUCGAAGGCUUUUUCGGACCACUGUCGCGAAGAACGAAUAUACUUCAGAUUCUAGGGUAGUAGAUCAUAAAAAAGUUGAACGAAUUGCUAGCUGAUAUAUCGUCCAUCGUUUCUUGGUCGGUUUUCUUAUUCUUCAUUCCCACAAAGAUACAACAAUUUUUCAUAAUUAUGAAAGCUAAUGUUCUGUCAGGAAUGCAUAAAAUUAUCGGCAUCGCUAAUGUUAGACCCAAAGCCUUCUUCUCCAGGAACUACAAGUAUUCAAAGGUAAUUUCCACUGUUUUAGAUAGAUUUUAAAAAUAGCAUGAAGUUCACUUUUUUACCGAGUCUUAAAUUUUUGCUUUACACAAGCUUCGACGUAUUUACUUUGGAGACAAUCUUAAGACACGUAACCAACGUUCUCCAUUUUUCUUGCGCAAAAAGUUGUUAGCUCUAUUUCGAAGUUCCUAUAUUUAUGUUAUUGUAAGAGGAAUUCCUGACCACUAACAUGUCUUAUGUUCAUAAAUGCUCCUUGAAUAACACAAACAUUCUUGCUUUGGCGCGAUUUAGAACGUUCUAGGAAUAUGUUUGCAAAAUCAUUUAAUUACAUUUGAACAGUAAAUAUUUUGUCAACAAUUUAACCGCGUAACCAUUCACAAAUUUUUGCAGUCCUCAACUUCAUUUUAAAUAGACAUGUUACGUUUUGCAGAUCAAAUGAAAUAUGAAAAACUCAAUUAACUGACCAUCACAUUCAAAACACACUUCGGUUUGCUUUUGUCUGGAAAGAUAAUUAAUGGCAAUUUAGGGAAGUGAAAGAUGUUUUUCUAAUAUAACAACUGGAAGUUUGGGAAGGAUCGUCCUGCUGACUGAAAAGGAUUUUACCUAUUUUUUUAGUAAGACAAUUUUAAGUUUCUUACAUUUUAUGGAGAAUAGAGCAAAUCUCAAAACUACUAAGUACAUAGAGGAAAUUCGAAACGAAAACUUUCGCUGCCCACGCUGUCAAUUAAAAAUUAAUGUUCCAUUUGUACUUUGGGUGCUAAAUUUAUGAAUCUCUAGCAGUUCCAAAUAGAUUUAUGUGGCCAGCUUUUAGCCGAGAAAAGUGUAAAACUUGUAAGGGUCGGAAUGAUGUAAUUCAAUUUUCUAUUUCAAAAUGCAUGGUAUGGUGUUGACCUGUAAAUAAAUCGCGAAACAGCGGCCUGAUUGAAGAACGAAAGUAUAAAGAAAAUUUUCGGGUAAGCAUUUCUUUGGGUGUUUUGUUAUGGAAAUCUUUCUAAUUUGCACGUACAGAUCUUAAUAACGCGAGUAUCAACCUUUUCUUCAUGCGUAGGAAAGUACACUGCAUUACCUCGUUCCCAGGCCUUCUGCGUAUUUUAAAACAGCGUGCAGUAGGAGCCCAGAAAUCCCUGGGAAGAAUGGAGAAAUAUCUUGUCUCAUGACACAAAGAGACUGUGGGCAUUUUCCAUUGACCCUAUCCCAAUAUAAGAAUAACUGGAAUAAACUAUAGAAAUGACUUGUUUUAGAAUCUAUUCAAUUGUAAUGUCUGGAAAUCUCCUUGAAAUGAGGUCCAAAAAUCAUGGUAGAAUAAAUUUGUAACAAAUUAACUUUUGUGUAUUCUAGUUGCGGAACACUAUCAAUCGAAUCCACCUUGUGUAGGCGUGCUUGUCUUUUAUAAUAAAAACACUGAUUCCAUGAUGUGCCAUAAGGCUCAUAUAGUAAUCGGCUGCCUUGUUCUUGUGCUGGCUUUUGAACACUUAAACUGGAAAAGAGAUUAUUUUUAUAAAUGCAUCAAGUCAAGGUCCUCAAGUUCUCAAGAAAGACAAUAAAAUCACACUAUCUUGGAACGUUUGGCAAAGUAAAUUAUCUGUUCAACCGAAGUGCCAGUGGAUACCUUGAGAAACAUAAUAACCAAGUGUCAGAAUGUAUGAUCGCAGAUAAAUGGGGCAAGUUUUUAGUUUUAAUCUGGAGUUAACGAAAUAAAAUACCGCCUCAUUUUUCGUCGCUUUCUUGAAAACAUAUACUGCAGCUAUCUGCCAGGUUUGAGUCCAGCUAACAUUUGAAUUGUACCAAAAAUCAUCAUUCACUUGUAAAGUUUAAUAUUUCAUGUCAUUUACAAAAUUUGAAGAACUCCUUGAAAUCAAGACCAAUCAGUUUACUGAGCAAUUAAAAUAUUUAGACCUAAAAUAUUACUCGCAACUUAGCUGACAGAGUAACUGACGAUAUGCAAAGCCAUCAAAUCUUUAGUUUUGCGAAUGAGUUUCUAAAAACUCUCUCCAAUUCCACGCAUGUUUGGAGAAUUUGUACUUCAAAUAUUUUGGGAAAAUAUACUCCAAGAUUAGUGGAUUAUCUCUUUGUUAACAGUCAGAGCUAUUGUUACUUCAAACCGUUUAAUUAUUCAAAAGAAGUUAUCUUGUAAAACGAACAAGAUUUCUAAGACAGUAUAUUGAUGGAAGAUUUAAUAAUCCCCAAGCGUGUUUUAGACAAGAAAAGACUAAAAGAAGAAACAAUAUCCUUUGUAUCUGCAGAUUUUUUUCCAACAAAGCUCAAACUAAAAAGGUUGGAUCAUCUAUUUUUACUCUUUCAAACUGCGACCCAAUGAAAAGGUGCCCGGUUUUAAUUUUAGUAAUUGCAUUUUGACGCUUCUUCUACGGAGAAGCCAUUAACUAAGUCUGAAGAGCAUUCUUUCUCCAUUGGUCGACAGACGAGUUAAAUUGCUCUUGACUUUUUCGCAAUUUUAAUUCAAUUAAACACAUAGUCCAUUUAUUUCAGUAAACUGAUGUUUUUUCUACGAGUUUUUUACGAGGAAAACAUGCAUGAAUUAGACAUCAUUGACAAACUUAGUCUGCUCGAUGUUAAGAAUGAGUAUAAUGCGUGCCUCGUGUCUUCCCCUGAGGAAAAGAUCUUUUAACUUCUCAACCAGCCGAAUUUUUUCGCGAUGCGAAAAUGAAAAAGGUGAGAGCAGAAUCGCUCUACAGCAUCUAGGAGAAAGCUUUUCCGAACCUUUGUUAGCGCGCGGACAAUCUGUUGGAACGUACUGGGUAGGUUUCAUCCAACUUGACUUACUUAUCACAAUCUAUGUUUAGUUAUCAGCCUGUAGUUUCAGUAACCUGGGGAUUUGAAGUUUUAUAGCACGCGUUUUAAACUGGAUAGUUUCUAUCAUGUAUCAAUAUACAGAGGAUUUGUCUAAGAUCUAGGCUUGUCUUUCAUAUACUUAAUUUAUAUUUUGCCCAGCUAAGGAGAAAACCGGCUAUAGUUUCAUCUAACUUUUUGCCUGCCUUCCAGGUAAUGCUGUAUAAAAUUUCUUGUUAAGAGAAUUUUUUGGUAUGUGAAACAUUUGUUCCUAAACGGUACUCAAAAGUACAAACAUGCACGGAUUUUUCCGUGAUUAAACUUUCAUGAUUUUUUCCUCGAUUUGUAUAUGACAUUUUUCCAGCCGGUAUUGUAUAUCUGUCCACUGAUUUUCAUUGAUUUGUCAAUAAUCAAAGGCCUAGGAAAGGUUGUCAUAUUGGUAGUUUAUGCAAUUUGACAAAUUGAACACAACUGGAAUAUAAACGUUUUUAGAUAAAGCCAAAAUCCAUAUAAGUUAUUUGCCUCUCGAUCGAUCGAUCUCUUGCCAGAACUGAGAAUGUUUUCGAUGACCUCAAUCGAAUUAGCAGCCUAAAAUCCUUCUAAACACUUCGACUGAAUGGUUGUCAUCUGAAGCCCUGUUUAUUUGGAGAAACUUGUGUCAGGUAGAAGAGGUCACUCGCCUAACCGAGCUACCCUGGGAGAAACAGAAAAAUUGGCUCGGCUAGAAGGAUUAACCGCCUAGAAAUUAGCUGAGCCACCCUUUUUUCGAUGAUAGGGUGAUGACCCUCCUAACCUAGCCUGCGUACAGACGUCCCUAUCCCUCAGGAAAAAGAGGAGGGAGACGUCUGUACACAGGCUAUCCUAACCAAGCAAUCUUUUCUCUAUAUAAACAUGGCUCGCACAGCCGCGUCAACUCGGUCAAGGCGAGAUAGUAGGAACUUAAGCAAAAACGUCUUCAAGCGUCGCACGUAAACCGGAAGUGAAGCCUAUGCCCUUCUUAUAUGCCUUGACACUAACACAUUUGUAUUGCUAAGUUUCUUUUCUCUUAUAAAGAGGAUUUACCCGAGAAUUUCAACCAAACCUCUGUCCAGUGAUGAAAAAGGCCACUUCCGGUUGACGUCCGUCGCUCAAAAACGCUGUAGCUGAAUCAGAGCAUGCGCGAGCGCUGUUAUCAGCUCUUGGUUCGAGCUAAGGAGUGAGUCAACUUUUUUCUCAUGUAAACGCUUGCUAUUAAAUUGAGGAGGGUGACCCUCUUUCCCGGGUCAACUUUUCUCGUUAAAGCAGGGCCUGGAAGUCCCAGUCUGUUGCGCUGCUGUUGCGACACUGAAUGAAGACACACUGACACUCGUGUCAGCGUGUGUGUUUCGUUAUUUCCGUGUUUUUUAAUUUGUCUCUCUUGUGUCAUAGGGGUCGAUGAGUUCAUCGAGCGAGAUAUCUUUUCCGCCGUAUGAAGUCGUGCCGGCCACUCGACCUAUUAUUGUGAUAGGUCCUUCACUUAGAGGAUACGAGGUAAGUGAAAACUAAAAAGCAAAAGCGUUUCCGUUUACGUAGAGAAGUUAGUGGAAAUUCGGUGAGCGAUAAGUAUGCCUCGAGUACCAUUUUUUUCCUUGCAAAUAAGCAAACAAACAACCGAUGAACAAAUGCACAGGCCAAGGCCCAAUGAUUGCUUUCCUUCUGGAGAUUUAAAAAUCUGUAUUAGGCUAAAUAGAGUGCUUCUAAAGCCCUGCACAACAAACUGCAAAAUACCUAAUUUAACGUAACCCAGAGUCCUGAAAGUUGUGGGGAAAGAUAGUAGGAAACUUCCAAAAAUCUCAGAUAGAUUGGGAACAGUCAGCUUGCAAUCUUAAGCCUUUCUCGAGCUUUUCUGGUGUUAAUGCUAUAGCAAAUGGCCACUCUAAAAGUUUGCGCUUUUGAUAAACUAAAACUAACAUUUUUUUGUUAUUUGCUUCGACUUUCCCAGGUUACUGACCUCAUGCACAGAGCGCUGUAUAACUUUUUAAAGAAGAGAUUUAGUGGAAAGUAAGUUCCUUUGUUGUAGUCUUGCUGUUCAGUUGGCAGGACAUUUAUUCUACUGAAUACAGGGUACAUUAGGGACGAAACAAUAGUUUGCUAUAUGAUCAUUACUUUUAAAAUGUCUCGACAUCAUGUUGAGAUUCAAAGCCUAAUUGCUCAAAAAUUUAAGGUGGCUCUGCACCCCUCCACCCUCCGAAGAAACUCACAAAACUGUGAACACUUGAAAUAUAUCAGGACUGUCUAUUACUAUGGCCAAUCACAGCAUAAUCAGGACACGCGACUUACCCAUAAUUGUCCGCUAUAUAUCUUACUCACUUUGGUGUAGUUUAGCGUACUUGCUUUAAUUUCUUGUACAUGUAGCUGGUUUAGUUUUGAUGGUCUGUGUGUAGUUCGCAGUUACACCGAAUAGUGGAUCUCUUCAUAAAUACAUACUAAAACUACACCAAACUACAUCAACUAGUAAAGAGCAACUAAACUAAACUACAGCAACUACACUAACGCAAUAACUAACUUUUUAUACUUACUACACUAUUUAACAGAUAGAGAUAAUAAUUGAUUGGACUUUCUUUUUGUGACGGUCGUCGUGAAGGUAUUUAGGGGUUUUAAGAUCCGAGGAUAGCGACUGGCAGUGAAAUCGUCGCUUAAAAAGUGAAUUAGCGUUCUUUCAAUCUUCAUUGCGAUUAUUCCAACCCACGUUCUUUAUCAAAUGUAGCUGAACUUCCCUGAAGUUCAGUUCCUAAGAACCGAUAUCCAAUUUCAGAAAGAGAAAGAAGAUUUUGUCGAGGCUUGUUUGCGUCCACCAUAAAACGUGAAAUUAGGCAUCUGUGUUUACGUUGUAUCGCCGUGUGCAAACGGACGCAACAUUGNAAUUAGCGUUCUUUCAAUCUUCAUUGCGAUUAUUCCAACCCACGUUCUUUAUCAAAUGUAGCUGAACUUCCCUGAAGUUCAGUUCCUAAGAACCGAUAUCCAAUUUCAGAAAGAGAAAGAAGAUUUUGUCGAGGCUUGUUUGCGUCCACCAUAAAACGUGAAAUUAGGCAUCUGUGUUUACGUUGUAUCGCCGUGUGCAAACGGACGCAACAUUGUUGGCCAACAACUCCCAAUAUUGUUGGAUGGUAAAUGUUGCGUACGUUUGCAUACCCUGUUUCAUGUCACUGCCUGUUGUUUGGAGUUGUUGCGCAAAGUUUGAAACCGGUCAAACUUUUAGCAAUGUGCUAACGGAAUCAACAACUCCCAACAAUGUUGGGAGUUGUUGGUCAAAAAUGUUGCGUCCGUUUCCACGAAGCUGUAGUCGUGAGGUUACGGCAAAGAAAUGAACAAAAGUAAAAAACGUGCUGCAGGCGCAGCCUAUUGAUUUUGUGACGUUCUCGUUGCCGUCGACGUUGUUGGCAGCACUUUCGUUGAUGCUUUCAUUUACGGAGAGUUUUGGGGAAACAGGUUGAAAAGGAUUAAUCAAGUACUAACAUAUUUUGAUAGGAUCCAAGUGUACAGAACACAUGCGGAUAUUGGCCUAUCCAAACGAUCAAAAAACAAUCCCUCAGAAAAAGAAAGAUUUAACAUCGCAAAGACUGGAGGGCCCCGAAUGACAGGUGAGAAAUGUAGACUGGCUAUUAAACAAGGAAGAACUGCCAUUUAAAGCCUCAGUGAGACAGAUAAAAACCUCAAUUGCAGAAAUUACCCGUGCAAGGUAGUUUGCGUUCCUCAAUGGCUAGCCUGGUGCUAUCAAUUUCUCCUGAGUAGCUGAAAAUGUUUUUAUGACAUUCUUGAGAGGUAGAGGAAUUUUGAGUGAAGGGUUUACUUUCUAAGGAAACUUUUACGAUAGCAACCGUAGGAGGAUUGAGAAGCUGACGUCUCGGACGCUCAGUCCUCAGAUAGCCUGUGUACAGCCGCCGCCCCCCUUGUAAACAGGUUACUCAAAACGUAACCUUCUCGAUCGCCAGUCUAUUUUAUGAACUCAUUUGAUGAAACCACAUAAAAGGAAUGGUGAUUGUUCAGGUCGCGUAGACAGUUACUGAAGAUACUGAACACAAUGGUCACUAAAUGACAUGAUGUAAAAGAUUAAUUAAAGAUUAAUCAUUCUCUAAAACACAUAGCUGAAGUGCAAAAAGAGGUAGAGCGGAUCUAUGAACUGACCAAAAGUUUGAACAUGGUGGUCAUCGAUUGUGACGUCAUCAACCAUCCCUCUCAGCUGACCGACUGCUCGCUGGCGCCAAUAUCGAUCUACAUCAAAAUGGAGCCACAAAUUCUGGAAAAGCUCGUCAAAUUACGUGGAUCCAAAAGGAAAAACCUAGGAGCUCAAGUGGUAGCCGCUCAAAAGCUUGCGCAGUGCAACGAGGUCAGUAACUCAUUAAAACUGUACAUAUAACGAAAUUCGUUCGUCACACAACGCUACAUGUUCGUGACACAACGCUUCAUGUUCGUAACACAACGCUAUAUGUUCGUAACACAACGCUACAUGUUCGUCACACAACGCUAUAUGUUCGUAACACAACGCUACAUGUUCGCCACACAACGCUACAUGUUCGUCACACAACGCUACAUGUUCGUCACACAACGCUACAGGUUCGUUACACAACGCUACAUUUUCGUAACACAACACCACAUGUUUGUGACACAACGCUUCAUGUUCGUAAAACAACGCUAUAUGUUCGUAACAGAACGCUACAUGUUCGUCACUCAACGCUACAUGUUCGUCACACAACGCUAUAUCUCACGCUAUGUUCACACUGUACCGGACAGCUUUGCGUGCCGACAUGUACAACUAUCCGGUGUAGUAUGAACACCUAUCCGCUAUGUGACUCUCCACUUAAGAGAUUGGUGCGGCGCAGCUUUACUCUGUUACAGAUAUCGCCCCGAAAACACAGUUGUAUGUGUGAACAGAGGCCCUAUCCGAUAAUAUCCGAUAUGGUUUUCGUGCCGGUGCGAAAGCCAUCAGGAAUAGAGUGAACAUUACCUGAAAUACCUUGGAAAGGAGCCUGGUGUGACAACCCAAAGAAAAGGAGUGCGUCAGUAGAGACUCGGGUUUUUUGUCCGUAUGAGAAAACCGUUGGCAACUUGAUCAAGUUGCCAAACAGGUCUCUAGUGAAUUUUCCUAUAACUAGUGUUAUGUUCAAUCUUCUGUUUAACACAGGAAAUGUUUGACUUGGUUCUUGAUGAAGCCAUUUUUGAAGACGCUUGUGAGCAUCUCGGGGAGUUUCUUGACCAGUACUGGAGAGACCUGCACCCGAGUGACAAAGAAGAUGGUGCUUUACCUCUAACGGAAAAGACGCCUUUGCUUCAAGGAGUUUCUAACGUCCCAGGAACGAAGGUAACCAGGGGUGUUUACCAUUUUCACAAACCACCCGGGUGGAAAUCUUGUGCAUAAAAAUAAAUCUAUGAAAUUUGGUGGAGAACGACCCGCUACAACGUAUGCGCAAAUUAGCUGAACAGGCUAAAAAGAACAGAAAAAUUGCAUCGCCUUAAAUCACAGACUAUAUUUUCUGAAGCUCCCAAACAGAAUGGCGCCUAUCAUUGAUUUUCCAUCCGGAAUUUCCGGUUUUCCCGUUUAAAUUGUAAGUACUACAUUUUUGUUAAGGCUGAGAUUGGCCAAAUCUAAGUCAAAAGGUGUUAAGUCCCAGGCUGAAUCCAUUUCAUAUCAUUUCUGAGAGCUUUCCAACUUGACACAACGAAAAAAGGUACGGUUACGUAUUAAGGUACAUGUCAUUUAAAGUGACUGCAAAACAGAUUUUACUUUCUUUGAGCAAACAUAUUUUUAAUGUUACCAUUUCUUUUUAAUUAUUGCUACGAUGAUGAUAUUAAUCAAAUGCAAAAUCAUUCAUGAAAGAGGUAUGGUAAUUCGCAUGACGUAAUACCGGCAGUUUCUAUAGCGACAGCUUAAACCGCUUAAUUUUUAUCUUGACAGUUUUCAAUUCAAUAACAAGUUCGGUGGCCCCUCUUCAUAUUGUGGAAUCCAGUCUCGACAUCAAGUUGAGAUUCAGAUUUAGGUCGAGAUUUAGCGCCACCUUAAAUGCUCGACAAUUUGAGGUGACUGUACACUCCUCCAAAUAAUUAUUUUAAACUUUGUAAAGAGUUAAAAUCUUGAGCUGUUAUUCGAAUAAUAGGUUCCACGGAGAGUUCGCGUGAGAAAGAAAAAUCAUUUACCCUUGCCCUGGCGGUCAAGAAAUCCCGCGCGGUUUAUAUUUUAGCACGCGCGCUCGACGGACUUUGAAGAGAAAAUAGAGGGUCGGUGAACAGGCUACAAAAUUGUACUGUAAUAUGGAAUCCUAAUUCGUUUGUGAGUGGCCAUACGUUCUUUAUCAGUAAGUAGAUUUAUCGUAGCAACAAUUGAUACAGGGUGGUGAUAUUGAUUCAUCAGAAAGAAUAAGUGCUAAAACAGGAGGAAGCUGCGAGCCAGCCUAAAACAUCUCUUGUAAUUCAGUUAAAUUUGAUUAAAUGACAGGUUCCAACGACGAGUUUGACACAGAAAACACAGAACCAACAAGGCGCACAAGGAUCGUCUGAGGUUCAAGACUCGGUUGGAUCACGUAGGAAGAUGGCGGUAACUGGGGCUGCACCUGACUUCGGCAAAAAGUUGCACGAAGCUUUCCAAAGUACUCAAACGACGAAACCAAAAACGUACCAAGGCGAUACUGGCUACCAAGCAGCUUAUAGCUCGGAGAUGCAGCAAUAUGACCAACAGCAGCAGCAGCAACAACAGUACUACCCUCAAGAGGAAUAUUAUGAUCCGGGACAAAAUUACGGGGCUGAAAUGUAUGGGCACCAGCAGGGUUACUCCAGUGAGUCCUAUCGCCAGCAAGGAUACAACCAACAGUAUAGUCAGGACAGCCAAUAUGAUUACGGACAGUAUGGGCAGGACCUUAAUCAGGGUUACUCCCACGGGUACACGAAUGAACACCAGUACCCCGACCCUUACUAUGAUCAUGAUUCAAGCAUGGGAUAUCAGCAGUACGGUAAUGAGAUGGAGAGUGGAUAUCAACAGGGCCAUGAUUGGUACGGGGACACCGGCAACUAUUACGGCGGAGGUGGCUACUAUCACUGAAUAAGUAGGACACAGGGAAUAAUUAUUUGGAACAAUUUACAAUUGAUAGCAAUUAUUUUUUUGUUAAAUUUCAUAAAAGUAUUUAUAUUGCAACGAGGCAAGCAUUCUUCAACCUGUCCAGCUAUUUGCACUGUUAUUUAGGCGUUGAUACAAUGCUGGUAAGCUAAGGGUCACAUGUCAGUUAGUCACGUGAAAGUCACGUUUUCUAUCAGGGAAGAGCUAACCUAGGAAAUAACGUCUACUGGAAAAUAAUAUUAACGAGAACUAUUGUUUGUUAUAGACAUCUGAUGUCUACUCUCCAAUAUCUUAAAGGAAAAAAAGGUUCUCAUUUGUAGUUGAAAGAAGUGUGACAGGUUUAUGACUCAGUAUUCUUCAACGGGAUAAGUAAUUUUGUGUAGCAAGAAUAUGGACUCAAAACGUCUUAUAGAACUGACCAUAGAUAAGACAUCUAUAGGUCUGGACAAAACGCGCAAACGAAAGAAGCACUAAUAAUAUUCGAGGCUUUUACAUGGAGCAGCGGCACCUAUUAGCACUACACUGGAGCUUUUUAGUAAAAUCAAGGAAUGAGGUACUUAAUUUAAUAGGCGAUGUGGAAGGGCGGGUCCCUUCCCUUCCCUCGGUAAAAAUACUUUAUCACAUAAUCUGAUCUCUUUUAGGAUUUUAGGGUGAGUCGCUUUUAGAUAUCCUUGAGAAAAGAAAAUACAUUUUAGCCUAGUAAUUUACAAAAUGGCUGUUGUAGAUCAGCUAAGGGAAGUGGUCAAGGAAAGUAUACUCAAAUGAGACCCAAGUAAGAUAGCCGUUUUUUCAUGAGCCUGAAAUGAGUAAGGCUUAUAUUCCUCGCCCCAAUUGUUCAAAAUUUGGAUAGCGCUAUCCACCGGAUAGGUUGCUAUCCAAUGGAUAAGUAUUACGAAAAUUAAUUGCGUUAUCGACUGGAAAGUGAUUUAUCCGGUGGAUAGCGCUAUCCACUUUUUGAACAACUGGGGCCUGAAUGUCGCAAGAGAAUUAGACGUUCUCUGUGUGCAAGAGUUUGUAUCGCUCAGAGAUGCUAGACAAUUCGCCACUUCGGAAACGAGAAGAAAACUGGGCCGAGUUUGCUUUCGCAAAGACUUCUGGGAUUGACACUGGGGACGUGCCGGUCAGCCAUUGGCAAAUUUUUCUGUGUCCACAGUAACAGUCCCAGAAGGUCUUCGUGAACGUUAACUCGGCCCAGUUCCCUUCUCGUUUCUAAAGUGGCGAUAUGGGGAUGAGAGGAGUCCGGAAGUGCGCAUGCCACCUCCUCGUCUGAGGAACAAGGGCCCUGUCUGCCUUCCAACUUUUGACCACUUCCCAAAGUUGAAUUAGUUUUCUAAGAGACGAACAGUUGUUGAAGUCUCAAGCUACUUUACUGCAAGAGGCGACCUGCGCCUAAUCUUUCAAAUAAUGAACUGUAGAAUUCUUCAGUCACUGAAAGUUAAUGAAAUAUUGCCAUCUAAACCAUUCUGUACCCAGCAACAGAAUCGUAUCUUGACAUGGCUUUGUAAUAAAGUUUUGUAUUCG